AUGGAGAGCGCCGGCAGCAAGCGUCCUUGCUCACCAUCUACCGCAGAAACCCCCGACCAGCUCGUGAAGCGUCUUCGGAUGAACGGUUCGCUCAAUGAGCUUGAUGACCAGAAGAUCUCGGCGGUCGAGGGUCGCGAGAAAAGAUUGACAGUAGAUCAAUUCGUGCCAGACGAAGGCUGCAAGGCUGAUCAGCCGUCGAAUGUGGUGGCCGGUCCUCUCUCGCAGGGACCGGCUGCGACAUUCACGGAGGGCAUCUGCGCGGAGCCGCAGGCGAUGAUUGCGGUCACUGCGGUGGAGCCGCCACCGCCAGCCAGUCCUGACAAGCGCUUCGAGCGUCAAACAGGCAGAAACACCAUGCCGCUGGGUGGUCCGGUGUGCUCGGGUGCACCACCUGCGGGCUUGUUGUCUGCUCAAAAGCCUCCUGUCAAUUUUGAUCAGAGUCGAAGCUCAUCUAUCGCCGGUGAGCAGGAGAUGAUGGAAUAUGAACCACGACAGCUCGAGGCCCCGAGAACCAUGGCUCACGGAUCUCCCGUUGCUUCACACCCAGUUGGCCAUCUUAUGGGCUUCGAUACCUCUUCCCAACCACCAAGCGGACCCCGCUCGAUCCGGGGAUAUCGCGCUCCUGGCCAAGCACCGAAUGGCCCCAGGGAUAGGUCCUUGACUUACGCUUCAUCCCUUCCCAUGAAUGGUCCUGCCCGUUCACAGCUCAGCGGUCUCCCGCUCCCGACCAUUUCCCCGAACAUGGCUGAGCCUGGGUUCCAUGGACAGAUGAGGCCUAUCGGUAUGGCAGUGCCAGAAUUGCAUCCGAUGAGUGUGAUUAAUCCUCAGGAUGGUGUUCUCAGCAUGACUAAGGGUGCUAUAAACCAGGCCAGCAAGCUUAGUCUAAAGCAAACUUCUGACAUCGGAGCACAACCAAUGGGAAUAUGGUCCGACCUCUGCAACCAUGUUUACAAGGUCGUUCGUGGUGCGCAAGACUCCAGUAGGAUCCACAACAACGGCUUUGACACCAAAGUAGUUGAUGCUCGAAUUAAACGGGCACUCGAUAUGGUGAAACCGCUCAUCGUGCGUCAACAGGGCCGGCAUCGCCCAGAGGGCACCACAUUUUCGCAGGUCAAGAUCGAAGCUGCCCCUGGAGCCCAGUAUCAAGAACCACAAGCUGAUCCUCCGAGAAAAAAAUCGAGAUGGGACGAAAGGCCAGCGUGA